AGUGAAAAUCUGAAACAGCAAAAUAGAUGUUAAAAUCAUUAUGGAAGUUUAUUAACACUCUUUGUUACUUAUUAUUAGUUAUCAAUUAAGUGACGUGAACUUUCCAAAACUUCAACGUUCAAAAAGUGUUACUUUGGUGAAGUGAAAAAUAUUCUUAUUGUUUAUUUCCUUAGGUUCAUUUGGCGAACAAGAACAGUUCGUGUGAAAUCCAGGAUGUCUGAAGGUACUCCAAUGGCAGAAACUUCCAACUCAGAAACCAGCGUUGCACAAGCUAAUCUUCUUCAGCAAGCUCAACAGAACUGGAUGUUUUAUCAGCAAUAUAAUCAUCUUGCAUCACAGCAAUAUGCAUCUGAUUAUUACCAAUAUUGGUCUCAAAUGGGUGCUAAUCCAUAUGUUUAUCCACAAAUAAUGACCAUGAAAAAGGACGACAUCCCCAUAAAUCCACCUUUGCCAAAAGGACCCCCACCCCCUGUGUCACAACCUCUUUCUGUACGGCCACCCCCAUUAAAUUCACCCAAACAGUUUGGUAACAUAAGGUUCAAUAUUAACGGUAAACGUCUAUUAGCACCAAGUACAUUUCAACAAAACACAUCGUUAACUAGCGGCGCGGCGAAAAAAAAACGUAAACGCAAUAGGAACAAUCAACAGCAACAGCAGCAACUACAACAAUAUAAUUUUAACAGUUCUGACAGUAAUCUACCCCCUUUGCCACCUCCAGAAUCUAACGUCCCUAAGCCAGAACCUCCACCAGAAUUGCCCCCUGAUCCCCCAACACCCCUAGCAACAGUACCCGAUGAAAAUGAUAAAAAUUCAGCCCAAAAUGAGGUAGUGAAUAAUGUAAGUAAUGACCCAACAGCUGAAUGGUCUGAAAGUUUGAAGAAAUAUGUUAGUGAUAGCUAUGCAAAAUGCAAAACUGUAAUUGAUAAAAAUCAAGUAGAAAUAAUAUUGAAAGGAAAAAUCACUCAUGCCAUCAACACAGGGCAAAUGAAUAAAGAUUGGAGCAAAGAGCCACUUCCAAGUAUACACAGUGAAAGAUUGACCCUUGUACCAAAACCUGUCCCACAAAAAGUAUUGUCUUCGUCAGUCGGAGCUAGGCUAGGAAGGAGAGCUUCUACCUUAAGAGGAAAGAGUAAAUCGAGUUCUAGAUCUCGUUCUAGGUCUAAAUCUCCUUACACCAGAAAAUCCAGGUCUAGGAGUCCUAAAUGGCGAAGAUCAUCUAGUAGCUCGAGUUUGGAUGAUGAUGUAAAGAAAACAAAAUCACCUCCUAAAAACAGAGGGAAGUUAGCAGAUAGACUAGGACCUUCGAAAAAAAUCACAGCCAAGCAAUUAAAGAAAGCUAAGGCUAAAGAGAAAAAAGCCUUAUUUUUAUCAAAUUUCAAUUCUGGUUUGGAAGAAAACAAAGAAGUUUUGAAUAAAAGAGCAGAACGUUUCAAUAAUUCACGCAAUGAAAAAGUACAUUUGCACAACCUUUCACCAGUAACAAAAAGCCAAGUGAUGGUUAUCGACAAGUUUUCUGAUGAUACUAGUGCAGACUUCGACUGGGAGCAAAUUCACGUGGUGGGCACUUGUCAAGAUUUGGAAAAAUCUUUUCUGCGUCUUACUAAGGCCCCAGAAGCUUGCGAUGUGCGACCUGUUCAAGUACUCAGGUUAUCUUUGCAAAACGUGAAAGACCGGUGGCUCAAAAAGCAAGAUUACUUCUAUACCUGUGAUCAGCUGAAGUCCAUUAGACAGGAUUUAACGGUACAAGGAGUCAGAAAUGAAUUCACUGUUGAAGUAUAUGAAACUCAUGCUAGAAUUGCUUUAGAAAAGGGGGAUCAUGAAGAAUUUAAUCAAUGUCAAACACAGCUAAAGAUGCUGUAUGGAGAUGUAGGGGGUGCUAAUAGAAAUGAAUUCACUGCUUAUAGGAUACUCUACUAUAUAUUCACCAAGAACAAUUUGGAUCUGAUGACUAUACUGAAAACACUCUCUUUAGAAGAGAAAAAAGAUAAAUGUAUAAGUUUUGCUUUGAAAUUGAGGUCGGCUUGGGGACUUGGUAAUUUCCACAGGUUUUUUAAACUCUACAUAGGGGCGCCACUUAUGUCAGGCUUUCUUGUAGAUUGGUUUAUAGAGCGCGAGCGUAAAGACUAUUUAAAAAGUAUGAUCAAAAGCUACCGUCAAAGCAUCCCACUCACUUUUCUGUCCGAAGAGUUGGCGUUCAAAACCGGGGAAGACUGCUUAAAGUUUCUUGAGCCUUUUGGUUUGACUUUCACCGAUGAUACAAAAAAUUUUAUCGAUUGUAAAAUCAGUAUGUCUGCGUUGCCCAAUAUAUGAAAGCAGAUUCGAUUUCGAUGUGCUGUGAUCUUAAUGGAAGAAGAUGGAUUGCUGCUUGUUGUGUUUCUGAGUUGGGAUUCUUUAUAAGGACACUUCGGCUGAAUGGAUCACUUCGUAUUAAAUAGUUGGGAUCAAUUGAGACGCGUGGAUUUUUCUCGUUUAAUUUCUGUUUGAAGUCCAGGUUGGAAAGAUCAAUCUUGCUUGGAUGAAUUCUCGUCUUCCAAUCAUAAUCUCCUAUCAAUAUUGAAUUGGAAUAAUCAAAAUCCUUCCACUACUUCCAGAGGUAACUUCAUAUACCAUAUUUCCUAGUGGCUGCAAUGUUGAAUGUCAUUGGCAUAUUUCAAGAACUUAUGGUACUUCAACAUUGCUGUUUUGUUAUUUGUAUAUUUUGUACAUACAAGCAUAAAUUAUAAAAUAAGUUAUAAAUACAAGAAUUAAGUUUAAA